AUGACUGUGUGGACUCUCACCACUAUGAUUGUUGGAAUUUAUAGUAUUAUACAUCAUUACCCAAGUAUAUUUAAGGCAAUAAUACCGCACUACAUCUUCCGCUUCUUCUGGAAAAAUGGAAUUGAAGGUUGGCUGUUGCUUGGAGGUACUGUGCUUUGCAUCACAGGUUCCGAAGGAUUGUUUGCUGAUCUAGAUCAUUUCAACAAGAGUUCCAUUCAGGAGGUGUACUUAACCGUCUAUCCAUUGGAUUUCCAUAUGUCCGUUGUUUUUGCAGUGACGGCUUACCCGAUCAGAAACCCAAAUGAUCAUGAUGAUGGGUUUCACAAUUUCAUACCGAAGACAGUUUAUUGGCCUAUCUUUAUCACAGCCAUAUUGGCAGCGAUAGUUGCAAGUCAGUCACUGAUUUCAGCCACUUUUUCUAGAAAGAUGGAGUGUGAGUUCACCCGUAAGUUAGAUUUACACAGACUAGAAGUGCUGUUAUCUGAGACAUAUGUUCAGAGAGUUCCUGGGCUUGGCAUCUUCUAUGACAAUGUACAAGAUGGGCUUACCCCAGUUAUUGGUCAUUAUAUAAAAACCAUGAGAUCUCUUCACAAGGUUACUAUUUUUAUGACACUUCAAUACUUGUUGGUUCCUAAGGUUGUCCCACAUGAGAAGAUUGUUGUCCAGAAACUGGGCCUCAAAGGCUAUGCAGAUUCUCUUAAUCUUGAAGAGGAUGACUUUGUUAGUGAAGUUACUGAUAGCUUGCGAGCUCUUAUACAGGAUCGCUCUGAUCAUGCACACCCAGUUCAUUUAGAGGAUGAUGAAAUUUCGAAUUUGGAUGAGGCAAAGCAUCUUGGUGUGGCUCAUGUUCGAGGGAAAACAAGGUUUUAUAUAGGCAAGAAUUGUAGCUGGUUUGACAGAGUCAUGCUUGCAUUUACAACAUUCAUAUACAAGUUUGGGAGGUAUCAUUUUGCCUAUGUACUCUCAACCCACAUACAUAUGAAUGUAUAUGUGUAUUACUGGAUCCAGUUAGUUCAAAAUGAGAGAAUCUUGCUGUUGCUUAUGCUUUUUGAGGCACCAAGAGGUGGACAUGGCCCCAGUUUAGGUUCUAGAUCUGAAGCAUUCCAUGUUGGGACAGACUCUGGAUUUGUUAUCAAGAUGAACAAAUUCUUUAGAUUGGCCUAG